AAACUAACUUCGCUAGAGAAUAAUGGCAUCUGUUUACUCCACCCUAACCUACUGGCUCGUCCACCACCCCUACAUUGCCAACUUCACGUGGACCGAAGGUGAAACACUAGGCUCCACCGUUUUCUUUGUCUUUGUCGUCGUCUCCCUUUACCUCUCCGCCACAUUCCUCCUCCGAUACACCGUCGAUUCACUCCCCACACUCGGUCCCCGCAUUCUCAAACCAAUCACAGCCGUUCACAGCCUCAUUCUCUUCCUCCUCUCCUUAACCAUGGCCGUUGGUUGCACUCUCUCCCUAAUCUCUUCCUCGGACCCGAAGGCGCGUCUCUUCGACGCCGUUUGUUUCCCCCUCGACGUGAAACCUAAGGGACCGCUUUUCUUUUGGGCUCAAGUCUUUUACCUCUCGAAGAUCCUUGAGUUCGUAGACACACUUCUCAUCAUACUCAACAAAUCAAUCCAACGGCUCUCGUUCCUCCACGUCUACCACCACGCAACGGUUGUGAUUUUGUGCUACCUCUGGUUACGAACACGUCAAUCGAUGUUUCCUGUUGGGCUCGUGUUGAACUCGACGGUCCAUGUGAUUAUGUACGGGUACUAUUUCCUCUGCGCUAUCGGAUCGAGGCCCAAGUGGAAGAAGUUGGUGACGAAUUUUCAAAUGGUUCAGUUUGCUUUCGGCAUGGGGUUAGGAGCCGCUUGGAUGCUCCCAGAGCAUUAUUUCGGGUCGGGUUGCGCCGGGAUUUGGACAGUUUAUUUCAAUGGUGUGUUUACUGCUUCUCUAUUGGCUCUCUUCUACAACUUCCACUCCAAGAACUAUGAGAAGACUACAACGUCGCCUUUGUAUAAGAUCGAAUCCUUUAUAUUUAUUCACGGAGAGAGGUGGGCAAAUAAAGCGAUUACAUUAUUUUCCAAGAAAAACGAUUAAAUUGUCAUGAUUAUUAUAUAUAUAUCUAGUUUGGAUAUGUUGAUGUGUGUUGUUAGUUGUUACUGUAAAAUGUUGGGAUGCAUGGUUUGAAAUUGUUUUAUAUAUUAACGAAUAAGAUGACAAAAUAUAUAAAAAUGUCACAUAAAAUCAUCAUGAUCGUCUGAUUCUUCUUAUUGCAUACAUCUUUCUA